CUCACACACUCUUCUUCUAAUUCACACGAUUCAACAGCCCCACAAUUCUCUCUGGGUCAGGUUCCUCAUAUUGUAUAUGAAAUUGAAGUGCACUGCAUGUGUUUGUAUGACACAAAACAGCUCUUUGCGUAUCAAUCAUGCAAUAAGAUUGGCGUCAAUUAUAAACCUGUAAACUUUUCAGCACCUUCCCAAGUCCACGGAGAAAAUGGGCAACAGUGAAAGGACUUGGUUCUAAAAGUGAAUUGAGUUUCAUCCAUUCUAAAUUUCACUUCUUUUUGUAUACACACUAUCUUAUUGCAAAGUACAAACCAACCCCAAAUCAUUUCUAUUUUCCAAGGGAGUUUAUUCAUUUUUCCCUUUCUGGAAUUUGCAUAAAAAAUGCAAGAGCUUCUAUGAUUGUUACACUUGUGUUUUUAGGUUGUUGGGUUCUCCUUCCUUUCUCAAAUCCUAGCUGUACCACUACCACCCACUGAAAAACCGGAUUAUAAAAAUCUCUCAGUGCUGAGAUUGGGAAAUUAUCUUAUUUUGCUGUUUUGGUUAUUUGAUAUUAAUAAUAUACCUGAUUGAUUACUUCCUUAUUUGUUGUUUUUGUUCUUAAUUUUAAAAUUUCUUCCUUUACUGGCUUUUCUAAAUCUGAGUAUUUAUGAAAUUGAAGAUUUCUCUCCUUUUGGGAUAACCUAUGAUUUUUGCCUUAUUUGUUAAGAGAAAUUUCACCUGGGUUUUCCAUUGAGAAGAAGGAAAAAAAAAAAAAAAACGCUUCUUUUCUUUGUACCUAUAUAAUAUAUUUCCUUUGGGGUAUUGGGAGAGUGAUGCCUGCUGGAAAAAAUGGCGAAUCUGGUUCCUGGGGUGCUUCUGAAGCUUCUGCAGCACAUGAACACGGAUGUGAAAGUUGGUGGGGAGCAUAGGUCAUCACUGUUACAAGUGGUGAGCAUUGUUCCGGCACUUGCAGGUGGUGAACUGUUCCCAAAUCAAGGUUUCUAUCUCAAGGUCUCAGAUUCCUCUCAUGCUACCUAUGUUUCUCUCCCUGAUGAACAUGAUGAUCUCAUUCUCAGCGACAAGAUUCAGUUGGGUCAGUUUGUUUUCGUUGAUCGGUUUGAGGCUGCUUCUCCUGUCCCCAUUCUUCGUGGGGUCAGGCCUGUUCCUGGGAGACACCCUUGUGUUGGAACCCCUGAAGACAUUGUUGCAACUCAUUCACUUGCCUUUCUUGAUAACGCUGGAAACAAAAAGAACAGUGUUUUUUCUUCUGGUGCCAAGGGCAUAGAGAGAUCAAAGUCUCCGAGGAAAGUGAUUGGCAAUCAUCCUGUUGCUGUUGGGGAGAAGGAGAAGAAAUCAAGAUCAAAUGGUAUUGCCAAGGAAGAAAAAUCGGAUAAGGCCAGUGCUGAUUUUGGUAGAAGUAAAUCUCUGUCUCAGGCGAGAAAGCCGGCACUCAAGGUUGAUGUGAAGAAGGAAUCUUUAUCCCGAUUGAAGUCUACCAAUUCGCGGUCGAUUCCUUCUUCCCCGAGUAGUGUCUAUUCAUUGCCUUGUUCUUUUGAAAAAUUUGCCAAUGGGGUCAGGCAGCAUCAGGCAAAGAUUACUGCUAAGGGAGUGGACAAGCUCACUGCUAAGGUGGGAGUUGUGGAGACAAGAGAGGCUGUCCGUGGUGGGGCUAGUCCUGGUGCCAAGAAAAUUUCAGUGGGAAAUCCAAUCAUAAAUUUGGUGCAGGGCAUUGAGAUGGGGUCUAAGGCUCUGCGUAAGAGCUGGGAAGGGAAUUUGGAGGUCAAGACUAGAGAGUCUUCCAAAAUCAGGGCUGCUACAAAGUUUGAUCCUAAGCCUGAAGUUCGUAGCUCAACUCCCAGGAGAAGCAUUUCAAGUGAAAAGUUGCCGUCUAAAGAGGAGGGCAGGAACCAAGCACCAACUAAACCCUCUAAAGAAGAACAUAAGAAUCAAAUGUCUAUAAAAAAAGCUACUGCUAAUGGAACUAUGGAGGAACAAGAAAAGUCAAGUAAGCAAAGAACUUCCAUUGGAAAAAAAUCAGCAGAAGUUUCUAACAACGGACUCCCUGGAAACUUGGUCAAAGUUUCUCUAAAUAGUAGAAAAGCGACAGAUGCAAGUGUUCAAUGGGCUUCACUCCCGUCAUCUAUUUCAAAACUUGGAAGGGAAGUAAUGAAGCAGAGAGAUGCGGCACAGAUGGCUGCAACUGAGGCUAUGCAAGAAGCUGCUGCUGCAGAGAGUUUGCUGCAAUGUCUAAGUAUGUAUUCGGAGCUAACUAAUUCUGCUAAGGAACAUAACCCACAGCCAGCUGUAGAGCGGUUUUUAACUCUUCAUGCUAGCCUGAAUAGUACCCUGAAGAUUGCGGAAUCCUUAUCUGAACCCAUUCCGGAUGGUUCAUCUCCAGAUUAUGAAAAGAGCAAAGUGGAAGAAGCACUAAAAGUAAAAUCAGAUAGACAAAAACACGCGGCUUCUUGGGUCCAGGCAGCCUUGGCCACCAAUCUGUCAUCCUUUGCUGUUUUUACAAGAGAACCUCAAUCAUCCAAGCUUCCAGCUUCAAGUAAUUCUCAAAGUCAAAAAACUGUAGUGGGAAGUCAACCCAUGUUAGUCCUUCACAAUUCAAGUGAAGAUGCCUCAUCAAAAGUUCAUGUAAAAACGCGUCUGACAGCUAAUUCCAGGCAUGCCUCACAAGGAACUCAUCGAAAACCAGGUGAUGGGUUAGCAAAUGGGCACAAGCAGCUAGUCCAACCGCUUCCAGAGUGGGUUAGAGGAAAUGGCCUCAAUGAGGUGGUUAAUUUGACUGGAAUGUUGCAAUUACAGUCCAGAGACUGGUUUUUGGGAUUUGUUGAGAGAUUCUUGGACACUGAUGGAGACACUAUCUUGUCAGAUAAUGGCCAAAUAGCAGGUAUGCUCACUCAACUAAAGAGUGUAAACGAUUGGUUAGAUGAGAUAGGGUCAAGCAAGGAUGAGGGGGAAUCAUGCCAGAUAUCAGCAGAGAUAACUGACAGAUUGAGGAAGAAGAUAUAUGAAUAUCUUCUUACACACGUUGAAUCUGCUGCUGCUGCACUCAGUGGAGGGUCACAAUCAUCACCUCAAAUCCAAACAACACAGAUUAAAGCCAAAAGGUGAAUGAGUACAUAGCUUAGCUUAAGGAUGCAUAAGUAGGGCGAAGUGGGACUAACCUUGGUCCCUAAAAGUGGUCCAAGAAGCUAUGUCCCCUAAGCAAAAUUCAUUUUUCUCUCUCUCUCUCUGGUCUGUUUGUACAUAAAUCCUACAUGGGAUUUGAGGUAUAGAUGGAAUACUAAUUAUUUGUCAGGGUAGGUGGCAAAUAUGAUUUGUGAGGAUAUUUUCUUUCUUUCAUUUUUCUAUAUAUUGUUCAGAUGAAAUUAUACAAAUUGAAACAAUGGAAGAUAU